UGCGUGCUCCUGGAUGUACAUCAGCUGCUGUGGCUGUCGCUCCGGUUCAGGUGGCUUGUUUUCCUGGUUCCUCUCUCGCCAUGCUCGGUACAGACAAACUCCCCAUCGAGGAGACGCUGGAGGAUAGCCCUCAGACCCGCUCUCUCUUAGGAGUGUUUGAGGAAGAUGCAGCUGCUAUCUCCAGUUAUUGCAGUCAGCUCUAUCACGCCAUGCGCAGGAUUUAUGAUGCCCAGAAUGAAUUAAGUGCAGCCACUCACCUGACAUCCAAACUUUUGAAAGAGUAUGAGAAGCAGCGAUUUCCUUUAGGGGGCGAUGAUGAGGUGAUGACUUCAACCUUACAGCAGUUUUCGAAAGUGAUCGAUGAACUGAGCUCCUGCCAUGCAGUUUUAUCCACACAGCUGGCCGACGCCAUGAUGUUCCCCGUUAGCCAAUUUAAAGAAAGGGAUUUAAAAGAAAUCCUGACUUUGAAGGAGAUUUUCCAGAUUGCCAGCAAUGAUCAUGAUGUAGCGAUCAACAGAUACAGCCGGUUGUCCAAAAGACGAGAAAAUGAGAAGACCAAGUUUGAAGCCACCGAAGAUGUGUACACAGCCAGGAAAAAGCAGCAUCAGACCAUGAUGCAUUACUUCUGUGCGCUGAACACCAUCCAAUACAAGAAGAAAAUUGCAAUCUUAGAACCACUUUUGGGAUACAUGCAAGCCCAGAUUAGUUUUUUCAAGAUGGGCUCGGAGAACCUCAAUGGUCAAUUGGAGGAAUUCAUGUCGAAUAUUUCUACUAGUGUGCAGAAUGUACGUAGAGAAAUGGACAGUGAUGUGGAAACAAUGCAGCAAACCAUCCAAGACAUGGAGGUGGCAAGCGAACCCUUGUAUUUACCUGACCCAGACCCAAAGAAGCUUCCUAUCAACCGCAAUCUGACAAGGAAAGCUGGCUACCUCAAUAUACGCAAUAAGACGGGGCUGGUGUCCUCCACUUGGGAGAGACAAUACUUCUUCACUCAGGGAGGUAAUCUGAUGAGUCAGGCGAGGGGAGACGUGGCUGGUGGUCUGGUGAUGGACAUAGACAACUGCUCUGUGAUGGCUGUGGACUCUGAGGAUCGGCGAUACUGCUUCCAAAUCACAUCCUUUGAUGGAAAAAAGUCUGUAAUUCUGCAAGCAGAAAGCAAGAAGGAUAGUGAAGAGUGGAUCGCUACGAUAAAUAACAUCUCCAAACGUAUAUAUCUGACAGAGAAUCCUGAGGAAACUGCUGCCAGGGUAAACCAGUCUGCCAUAGAAGCCGUGACUCCAUCUCCAUCUUUCCAGCAACGACACGAGAGCAUGCGGCCCAUACAGUCUCGUCCUCGCAACACCCGCACAAACAGCACUGGGUCAGUGGGCUCUGAUUCCUCAGCUUUAACUGCUCUCUCCCUGGACUCCAUUGUGGCACCAGACACCCCAAUCCAGUUUGAUAUCAUUUCACCAGUCAGUGAAGACCAGUCUGGACAACCCAGGACUCCGGGACAAUCUGGCAGGCGAACAAACCCUUUUGGAGAAUCUGGAGAAAAAUCUGAAUCUGAAGACUCAAUCCUCCAUCAAUUAUUCAUUGUACGUUUCUUGGGAUCUAUGGAAGUCAAAGCGGACGACUGCCCAGAGGUUGUAUAUGAAACUAUGCGCCAAAUCUUAGCGGCCCGUGCAAUUCACAACAUCUUCCGGAUGACGGAGUCGCACCUCCUUGUCACUUGUGACUGUCUAAAGCUGAUUGAUCCCCAGACGCAAGUGACAAGACUGAGGUUUCCGUUACCAAAUGUGGUUUUAUACGCCACACAUCAGGAGAACAAGCGUCUGUUUGGGUUCGUGCUCAGGAUGGCAGGAGGACGGACAGAGGGACGACCGGUCUCUGUGUGCUACAUCUUUGAGUCAAACAAUGAAGGAGAGAAGAUUUGUGACUCAGUUGGCCUGGCCAAGCAGAUUGCCCUUCAUGCCGAGCUGGACCGAAGAGCUUCUGAAAAGCAAAAGGAAAUUGAGAAAGUAAAGGAAAAACAAGAGAAAGAAAUCAACAAACAGAAACAGAUAGAAAAGGACUUGGAAGAGCAGAGUCGGUUAAUAGCAGCCUCCAACAGACCCAACCAGACGGGCACAGAGGGACAAUUUGUUGUUCUCAGUGCCAGCCAGUCAGAGGAUGGUGACCACAGCGAGGACGGGAAAAAGAAAGGGGAAUCGGAGGCGUGAGACGGGACACAAGCAGAGACUUGUCGGCAUAGUCCCUCCUGCUCAUACGUACGGCACGAGAAGCAGAGCCAGAAGUAACCAGAGCUCUUUUAUAUGUGAUUAUGAAAGCCUUUUAGUUAAUAUACGCAGCAGUGCGGCGCUCUCAAUGAGUCAUGGAGCGGUGAUUUCACUCCAGUGGAAUCUGAUUGAUUUUUUUUUUUUCUUGUAAGAAAUCCUAAGAUACGGACCGAAGAUUUGGGGUCUCGGUGGUUUUGGUGUCUCUUGCACUUAGCAUUCUGCUUUUCUACUCCAUCGCUGUUGGUCAGCCUUUUGUAUUGUUGGUUCAUAGCAUAGGUUAUUGCGUCUAAAAGAGGACUUCCUGGACUUCAAGAAGUUGUCUAUGAUCAAAGAAAUUGCACCUUCUUCCUUCCAGACCUGUGAAGGGAAGCAUACUUACCUGCACACUGUUGGUUCCAUCCUGUUCUGUCUCCACUGCAAUUCGGUCCACGCAUGUAAACUUCUAGCAUGGAUGGUGCCACAUGCAUCGCUGCUGCAAUGAGUGGCCUGAUUGGUGGUGUGUCUCCAAGUGGCACAUCUCCGCUCAGGCCAAUCAUUGGCUGCAGCGGUGCAUGUGACCCCAGGCUGUAAGUUUACAUGGUGGGACUGAAAUGCUUUGAAGAUAGCAUGGGAUGGAACCAACGGGGCAGGUAAGUAUGCUUCCCUUCACCGUUCUAGUGGGGAGGGGAAGGAGCUAAAGAAAAAUAAAUGUUCAAUCGUGGACAACCCCUUUAAGCAUUGAUGGCCUCUCCAAAAGAGAAGUCAUUAUUGUUUACUUUCCGGAAGUCCUCUUAAAGGUAAUGCAUCGCGGAAGGAACUGCAUUGUUUGUCUACUAUUGGUAAUAUACUUAUGACUUACACUAGAGUCAGGCGUCAGCUGCCAAACAUGGAUCAACUGCAAAUGUGACUAUGGGGGAGAUCUGUCAAAAUUCGUUUGCUCAUAGCAAUUAAUCAGAUUCCAUCUUACAUUUUUUAGAAGUUCUCUGAAAAAUAAAAGCAACUACCUGAA